ACACCUAUUUUCAGUAUUCAGAGGCCACUCGUCCCCAUGAGGUCAAUUUCCAAUCCAUCAGCGGUGGAUCGCCGAAUAUAGCCUACCUGAUGGAGGAGUACCUGGUUCGAAAGCCAGAUCCAUCACCAAUAGAGCAUUUGCGCAAGGAGCUUGAUCGAUUGUUUGGCAAACUGAAGCUGCUGGAACCGCGUAAGGCUGCUGGGUGCAUGAAGCGUCUGAUUGUCCAAAGCCAGCUGAUGUUGCGUCAAAAUGCAAUUAGUGCACAGGACAACCAGCCUCUGGUGUUAGAUGGCAACCGCAACCAACCACGGUGACGUUCGACAUCAGACGACGCUGUUCAUUGUGGUCUCUGUGGCCAGCCAACUUACCCUGCUGAUUGGUGGUGUCAACCCGAUCGACUUUCAUAUCACCGCUAUUGCUGCGGCAAUGAGCCCUGCCCUCUGUGUGGAGAAAAUCUUCUGUCGCGUCCACCAAACGUUUACGAAGGUCCCAGCAGGUGGGGAAUCAGAAGCAGAUAUGGAUACUUCUGCGCCACUGGAAUCCGUGGUUGUAAACUCUUCUGAAUUGUCUUCACGUGAGGUACCUACCGCGGGCGGUGCGGGGUGGAGUACAUGCAGAAUGUCUCCUUCGGAAAAGCCGCAUGUUACUGUUCACGGCGAAAACGCCAAGGCACACAAAGAUCUUCAUGCUGGUGUAGUCGACCUCAUACUGCGCAUCUUUUCACUAACAUGUGACGAGCAAUCCCGCGGUGGAGUGCUGUUAAGGGGCUCUGAUGGGGUUGUCCUCAUAUGCCUCACUGACAACCCUUUUCAAGAGGCAACCGAAAAUAACCCCAGUACCCGAUUCUAUGCUGCCAUGUGCUUUGAUCUCCUGUCUACUGCUCUGUUUCAAAUUCGAUCCGCUGCCUACCAGGCGUUGGGAAACGCAAGCAAAAAUUCAAUGAAUAUGCCAAAUUUCUUUCAAAUGGAAUACCUCACGAUUUGUAUCUCCAAGUUGCGUGAGGAAAAAGAACGUCAAAAUUCCACAAAGACAGGUGAUUCCAACAGUUACCUGGUGACAGAACUGUUAGAAGAGCUUAGCCGCCAGUUGUACCUUCACAUCCGACUUAUCCUCAAAGGUCUUUUCACCAACACACAAUCUGUCAGGCAGGUUUCGCAUACUCCUGGUGAUCCUUGGCUUGCUUCUGAGUUGAUCGAAUCACCCCUGAUUCGUCUGGUUAUCCCUGGCAUUCUCCCUGUUUGUGCCUCUCUGUGGACUUUGGCGAAUGCUCAUGCCUACGGGCAACCUCUCCAUUCCGUCAUCACAGAAGAACGCUUGGAGCCACCGCCGGGCGCGGAUGAAGUUCUGUGUAGUCUACUCGGUGAGCUUCAGCUAGAGUUGGCCACACAAAAGCAGGCUUCUUCCUUGGGAUGCGCACUUGAAUAUCCCAUGCAGAGGAUUGUCAAACUACCCUGUUGGAACCCACCGUCCGUCAAUUCAUCGGCAAUCGAGGGUCGUACUAUGGAACGACUCAGUUUCCUUGGCCCCUUUUUCGCUGCAUCUGUGUUUGCCGACGAUGAUAUUGUCAAACUACCCUGUUGGAACCCACCGUCCGUCAAUUCAUCGGCAAUCGAGGGUCGUACUAUGGAACGACUCAGUUUCCUUGGCCCCUUUUUCGCUGCAUCUGUGUUUGCCGACGAUGAUCCGACUGUAGUGGAAACCGCAUUUCCGAAAUCCACGCAUUUGGAACAUGAAGCGGAGCGAACCACUCAAGCACUUCGGUUGUCCUACGACUUGAUUUGGAAUCAGCAGUUCAGUCUUGUCAAAACGUUAUUGGGCAAACUCACCCGAACCGAAAUGCUCGACUACCUAACCAAUGUCCUGCGGGCUAAUGCAGACCACGCGAAAAUCCAAUGCGAUCAUCGUUUCCUCAGUGGUGAGGGUUUCAUGCUCAAUAUUUCUGUCCUGUUCCAACGUCUCUGUAUCCCGAUCAAUGUGGACUCGGUUGAUUCGCGCUACCUGUUUCAUCCUAAUUGUCGCUGGGAUCUGAAGGACGUCACACGAAUCAAUGGUAGCCGGGAAGCAGUGAUGGCUUUCGAGAGACGCCUCGAUGCCGAAGUUCGCGCAGACGGCGGGUGGCCGGCACUCAACUUCUCCACCGAGUGUUUCUUUCUCACUGCUUGGGCAAUGCAGCUUGGCUUUCAGGCGAGUAUACGUAAAUAUCAACGUCGACUUCAGGUUAUAGCCGAUUUAACCCGAAAUAUCAAGCUUCUGUCUGCCAGUCGUGGUCAGUGGGCUGGACCAAACAGCCCCGCGGCACAAAUUCGAGCUAAUGAAACAAUUUUGGAACGAUGGAACAAUGAGUUGGAACGUCAAGAACGGUCAAAACUCUGCUGCAAUGUGGUCCUCUUGCAUCGCGGUCUACUUCAGGCCGUGUCCGUCUACUACGCCAGUCUGUCCAAACUGCUCCUCCGUGUUGCCGACCAUCAACCUGUUUCCGGUUUAUCGGCUAGCAGCACAGCCCCUGAACUUUUUGCCUUCAUGCCCGAAUGCCUUUUGGAUGAAAUUUCCAACUACCUUGUAUUUGUUCUCAGGAAUUUCUCCAAUACCCCCAUCCCGCCGAUCGAUCGUUCUUCUCAGAAUAUGCUUGUCACUCUAGUUUUAUUUGUGAUUUGUCAUGCUCACUUCAUUCGCAACCCGUAUCUUGUGGCAAAAUUUAUAGAGUUCUACAUCAACGUGGAGUCCACAGGUGCUACCAAUGAGUUCUAUGACAAGUUUUCCAUCCGAUACAACAUCUCCACGAUAUUUAUCACAUGGUGGCGCGAAGGUUUUCUCAAAACUCUGUUCAUUCGAGAAGCUGAAUCGAAUGAACAGGAGUUUAUCAAAUUCACUAAUCGCGUCAUCAAUGACAUGUCAUUCUUACUCGAAGAAGCUCUGGAUGGCCUAAAGCGUGUACGUGAGCUGCAAGAUUUGCGAAACGAUACGGUUCGUUGGUCCGAAUUACCGCGACAGCAACAGAUUACUCAUAUGGGUGAAUUGGAAACGCACGAACGUCAGGUUCGGUCCUAUUUGACCCUUGCCAAUCAGACUGUGAACAUGCUGUUUUACUUGACCUCUGAAAUACAAGCACCCUUCCUCCGACCAGAAAUAGUCGAUAAGUUGGCUGCCAUGCUCAAUUUCAAUUUGGUUCAGCUUUGCGGCCCCAAGUGUAGCUCACUCAAGGUCCGCAAUCCGGACUCCUACGGAUGGGCACCGAAAACACUCCUGGCGCAAAUCGUAUCCAUCUAUCGACAUCUGGACACCGAGGAUGGACAAUUUGCUCUUGCUGUGGCCAAAGACGACCGGUGUUAUUCGCACGACCUGUUUGCCCAGGCGCACUCCCUCAUGUCUCGCCACGGGAUACAAACCCCCAAUGAGCUUGACAUGUUUGCUCGCCUCGGCGAAAAGGUUGAGGAACUCGCACGCAAUAGAACUGAAGUGGAUUACGGAGAAAUACCCACUGAGUUCUGUGAUACAUUGAUAAGCACUUUGAUGGACGAUCCAGUCAUGUUGCCCCAGUCCCAGGCCGUGGUUGAUCGCAGCACCAUUAUGCGGCACUUGUUGAACCAAGAAACUGACCCGUUCAACCGGAUGCCACUUACAGAGAGCGAUCUCAUCCCAUUACCUGAUUUGAAGGCUCGUAUCGUUGCCUGGAAAGCAGAACGUGAGGCCCUAUGGAGGACUGCCAGACAACAGCGGAAACAAAAUGAUACCAAACAAGAGGAAACAAUGUGAUCACAGUUCGGCCUGAACUGUCUACUUCUGUGCUGCAUUGUAUCAUCUAGGUACUCUGAUUUUUGGCCUUGUGCAGUUUUUUCUAGCAUUCAGCAGCAAACCAAGAACCAUCUUCAAUGCAAAGCCAGAACUACCUGAUUUACUCAUAAAGGACUUUCUGGCUUUCACGUAUACCGACAUGCAAGUACUACACCCCCCACUCCCCGUGGGGAAGGCAUUUGUGCCACCUCCAAGCUGUGUAUGUAUGUGACCAACUGUGGGAAAGUUCCACAGGUUUUUGAUGCCCAUUUCUUUGUUAAUUAUUACUGAAUAUCUUGUCCACCCUUGGAAAUGUCCCAGUACACACACCGCAUUAAAGCCUUUCACACCACCUUAGCCAUUUUAUCUUUUAGUUCAGUUGCUGCUGCAACGCCAGUGGUUGCUUGCUCCCCUUU